AGUAAUAACAAAUGUGAGUGUGUAAAGGUGACAAGAAAAGAUGACAUUACGGUGGUCUUUGUCUUUGUUCGUAAUGUGCAUUUGCUUUAAAGUUUCUCCAACUGAAGCUUCAUCUUGGACUGUAAAGGUGCCAUCCUCAGUGAAAGGUCACCUUGGGUUAUGUGUGGUGAUCCCCUGUUCUUAUGACUUCCCUAGUCCAGAAAAUGAGGCCAGCGAGUUCACAGGGAUUUGGUACAAUAACAAUGAUCAAGUUAUCUGUCAUUCCAAUGCAUCUCAAAUCCUGGAUCCGUUUCUGAAUCGGACAAAACUACUGGGAGAUCUCAGCAUGAAGAAUUGUUCUCUGAUGAUUGAAAAUCUUCAACAAAGUGACGGAUGGCCUUUUUAUUUCCGGAUUGAAAUUAAAGGCUACAACCAGUAUUCCUACAUCAAUGAUAAAGUUUCUAUUUCAUUGAGUCAACCUGAUUUAUCUGUACAAGAGGAGGUAAAGGAGGGUGAGAAUGUGUCUGCAUCCUGCUCCGUGUUUCACUCCUGCCCCACAUAUCCACCUUCUUUCAUCUGGAGUCACUCUGGAGAGCAGCACGAUCAAACACAGCAGCUUCAUGAAGGCCAGUGGAACUCAACAUCUACUUUGACCUUUCGCCCAAACCGCUCUGAUCACAACAAGACUUUAAAAUGCAAAAUAACAUACCAUCAUGGUCUGCUCCAUGAAACAUCUAAGAUACUUCAAGUAAAAUAUGGCCCUGACAUCAAGACUUCCUCAAAGUGUUCUUCAGAGGACACCGUGGUAAAGUGUGAGUGCAUUGUAGAGUCCGAGCCUCCCAGCAUGGUACAUUUUGUUCUUGGUGACAGAGUCAUGCAAAGCAGCAAAGCAGAGAAAAAUGGCUCUGUUACUACUGAGACUCUGCAGACAGACUUUGGGUCUUUCAGCUUUGUGCACUGCCUGGCAAUCAACGUGGUGGGAUAUGACAACAUCUUACUUUCUUUACCUGUUAAAGACAACAUGCAGAAUAUUCUUAUCUCGUCUGGAGCAGGUGUGAUUUUGCUGAUUAUUUUGAUAGGAAGUGGAGUGGGAGUUGUUAAAAAAUGGAAAAAGAACAGGGAGCAUAUCCCCUGUCCUGACAUUUACCCAAAUGAUCCUGUCUAUGGCAAUAUUCCUUGAGAUGAGUCAAUAUAUGACAAUGUGUAUUGUGUGGAAGACCAACUACCGUCCAUGUUGUUGAGUCAAGAAAAAUGUUGUUUUGGGGUUUUUUUGGUUUUGUUUUUUUUUAAUCUGUUAUAUUUCUAUAUGUCUGUAAUCUAUG